UUUCUGGAAGCCAAGAAUGCUCAUGCUGUCCUGAAACGGUUCCCUCGUGCCAAUGAGUUCCUGGAGGAGCUUCGUCAGGGCACCAUCGAGCGGGAGUGCAUGGAAGAGAUCUGCAGCUAUGAAGAGGUCAAGGAAGUAUUUGAGAACAAAGAAAAAACGAUGGAGUUUUGGAAGGGAUACCCAAAUGCAGUCUACUCAGUCCGAGAUCCCUCACAGAGCUCAGAUGCCAUGUAUGUUGUGGUGCCCCUUCUGGGGGUAGUCUUGCUGAUUGUCAUUGCCUUGUUCAUCAUCUGGAGGUGCCAGCUGCAGAAAGCAACUCGUCACCACCCCUCUUAUGCUCAGAACCGGUACCUAGCCAGUCGCACCGGGCACAACCUCCCCCGAGUCAUGGUAUACAGGGGCACUGUGCAUAGUCAGGGAGAGUCCUCUGUGCACCGAGAGGCAGGGAAUAACCCACAGAUAGUCCUGGGGCCCAGCCGGGGAGGCAGAACCACUGUCCGGUUGGAGAGCACCCUCUACCUCCCAGAGCUCUCUCUCUCCAGACUGUCCAGUGCUACCCCUCCUCCCUCCUAUGAGGAGGUGACUGCACCCCAGGAGGGCAGCAGUGAGGAGGCCAGUGUCUCUUACAGUGACCCUCCCCCAAAGUAUGAAGAAAUUGUGGCAGCCAGCCCCAGUGCAGACAAGUAGCUGAGCACAGGCCCUGGCCUGUAUAAAAGCCUCUUCCAGAGGUAGCCUGCUUCCUUUUGGACUUCUGAAAGACUGUGCCACCACAGAACAGCCUUAGCCUCCUUGUUGCCAAAUAAUUCCCCAACAGUGGAUUUGUAGGAAGUCAGUUGGUAGAAACAGUUGGUGUGUCUGUGUGUGUCGGGGGUGGGGGUGGGGGCAUAGGACAAGUACAUGAUACCCCAGGGAAAAGCUACAGACCUGAAAGCCUGGGUCUUCCAGACUCCUACCCCACCCCCAACUAUGCCAAGUCCCCACCGUCCUGCCCUCUCUUUAGGGACUGGCUUCUCUUACGCCAAAGGAACCAUCUCAUGGUGUUGAUUGUGGUCAGAAUGUCCACAGGCUCAUCCCUGAGGCUAUGGGGAUGUCUGAGGACCCCUGUGUUUCUGGAGACCUAGGCCACAGAGAUGAGGUGGUCAAGCUAGCCCUGCAGUUUCCCCUUUCUCAACAGUUCCAUGCUUACUGUUCUCACACAUAUUAUAAGGACAGAAAUAAGGGUUGAACUAGGAACAAAACACAAGUAAUAAAUAAUGAACCAUAGAUGAAAACAAUAGCCCUUUGAAGCCCUCCAGAAGAAAUCAAUUAAAUAGACCUUGGCACAGCCUUCAUCCAACACCCAUCCCUAUGCUCCUGACAAAGAUGAAAUCUAUGUGUAGAUCAGCCUGGUAGGAGGACAGGGCAUGAGAAGGAUGAGGAAAGGGGGCUGGGUGGCAGAGCUCCUUCUUCCAGACCAAUCAAGGGGCCCACUUGAACUCUGCCAUCUUGUUUCUGAUGUGUACCAGCUGUGCUAAAAACCAGUCCACACUGGCAUAAGCCCAUAUGUAACCUUAGAGUACUCUGUAUGUGAGAAAUUGAUGUCCCCUUUCCCCAUGGAGCCCAGGGCCUCUCCCUGGUUGUUACAGACUGGCACAGAAAGCUCAAGAUUCCACUUUUGUGGGGUUUAUAAAUCCAUAGAAUAGUUAAAACCAUGAGCUCCACCUUCUUAGCACUGUGCUGUCUGGCUUUGAAGUUUUAGGAUACUUCCCUU